AUGACUCUCACAUCUUUUUCCCGGCUGCGGCAGCUGUACUCUCUAGAUACAUUGGAUACCAGACUAACCGUGUCUGCUACGACUCCGCUGAAAGCUGCUGCUGACACGCGACCUGCCACUGCGAAAGAUCCCCGCGCUCAGGCAAUCGCCAACGGUGCCUCGCCCUCGAAAUGGCGUACUCCCGAGUUUUACGUCUAUUAUUUGGUCUUUCUCGUCGCCGUGCCACUGAUGUUCAAGGCGGUGGUUGAAGUGUCUCAGGAAAGCCAUCCUAGUUACUCGUCAUAUGCCGAUUUGCUGUCGCCUGGUUGGGUGCCUGGUCGUAAAGUGGACAACUCGGACACCCAAUACUCUACCUUCCGCGACAAUACACCCUAUCUUCUCGUGCUCUUGGUUGUUCAUCCGUUGCUUCGCCGUGCAUACGAUGCCUUUAUCCACCCCACCGAUACCGGAGCCGUUUCUUCGAAAUCUAACGUUGUUGUACCCGGGGAGGCACGUCUGAACCAGCGGAUACGCUUCGAUUACGGCUUUGCCCUAAUAUUUAUAAUCGCGCUUCAUGGCGUGUCGGCGGCCAAAGUUCUCCUCAUACUAUAUGUCAAUUAUAAGAUCGCCAAAUCUCUCCCUCGAGAAUAUAUUCCCGCUGGUACGUGGGCAUUCAACAUCUGCACUUUAUUUGCCAAUGAGCUCUGCGGCGGUUACACUUUCGAGCGAAUCGCAUCAUUGCUUAUGGCAAGAACAAAUGGUACGGGGGAAGAUACGCCAUUGAUUUUAUGGGGUCGGUCCAUUGAUGGCUUUGGGGGCUUAAUUCCACGAUGGGAAAUCCUUUUCAACAUAGCGGUUCUGCGAUUGAUCAGCUUCAACAUGGAUUACUACUGGAGCCUUGAUUACCCAGCCGCAAGCGCCCUUGAAAAGAAGCAGGUUGAUCCAGCCUCACUGUCAGAGCGUGAUCGUGUCAGUAUUCCUGCCGAGCCGUCUGCAUUCAAUGGACGGAAUUACGUCGCCUACGUCCUCUACGCGCCUUUGUAUCUGACGGGCCCCAUUUUGACGUUUAACGACUAUAUCUGCCAGCAAAGAUUUGCACCCCCGUCGAUUACCAUAACUCGCACUGUUCUUUACGGAGUCCGAUUUUUCCUCACGUUGCUUUCCAUGGAGCUGAUCCUUCAUUACACCUAUGUCGUAGCCAUCUCCAAAGCAUCUCCGAACUGGGCACUGUAUACACCGUUCCAACUUAGUAUGCUGGGUUACUUCAACUUGCAUAUUAUUUGGCUAAAGCUUUUAAUCCCGUGGCGCUUGUUCCGCCUUUGGGCCCUGAUCGACGGGGUUGACCCUCCAGAGAACAUGGUCCGAUGCGUGUCCAACAAUUACUCUGCAUUUGCAUUCUGGCGUGGCUGGCACCGCUCCUUCAAUCGCUGGAUCGUACGCUACCUCUAUGUGCCCCUUGGCGGGGGAAGAGGGCCUGCAUCCUCUGGCGGCAGCAAGCUCGCGUCGGCACUUUAUGUAAAAGCGCGACAGAUCUUCAACUUCCUCGUUGUGUUCACCUUCGUGGCCCUCUGGCAUGACAUCAACCUGCGUCUGCUCAUGUGGGGAUGGCUCAUCACGCUCUUCUUUCUGCCGGAAGCUAUUGCCACUAUUCUCUUCCCUGCUCGUAGAUGGCGCUCCCAUCUAACUGCCUAUCGUGUUAUCUGUGGUGUCGGCGCCGUUGUGAACGCUCUGAUGAUGAUGAUCGCCAACCUAGUCGGGUUUGCAUUGGGCAUCGAUGGACUGAGAGGUCUGUUAGCAGAGAUGCUGGGGUCUUACUCCGGUAUUGCGUACCUUGGCAUUGCCUGUGGUGCCCUAUUUGUCGGUGUGCAGACAAUGUUUGAAAUCCGUCAACAAGAGGCGCGGGCGGGCAUUCACUUGAAAUUCUGA